UGUCUACUGGUGACCUUUGGUUGGACAGAGAAUUUGUGCAUUUUUGGAGUUAUGAAGUGCUCGUGUAGUGAUGAUGUGUGCGGGGAGCAUGAUGGACAGGAAAUAAAUACAGAGUAUCUGGAAAAAUUCACGAAAAUGGUUCAAAAUGCGUCAGUAUUGGCAAACAGGUUGUCAUCAAACGAACUUCUGUCAGCAUUUCAGAUUUCAUUUCAUUUAAUGGAAAAAAUCAGUUAUGUAAUACUUAGUAUGUGCAAACCGUCUAAAGGGGAAAAUGAUGAGUUAAAAAGCUUCCAAACGCUCUGUAGGUAUCCAUCUUAUCCACGUUCCAUGAUAAAAAACGAUUCCCCAAUGAGCUUUUGUUCUAUAAAAACUCAAUCUUUAAAUGAAUUCAUUAAAAGUGAUUAAUGAUCUUUGAGUUACCCGAUCGAUCAACUAAUUAAGUAAAUAUUCUGAAAAAAGCGAUAACUGUUUCUCAAUUUACUUUCGUUGAAGCAUAUUCCAUUAUUCAUCAUUUUUUAAAAUACACCUUAGGAUGCAAAACAGUUGAUGCUCCCGCUGUUGUUAGAGAAAAAACAAACUAAGAAGCUUUAAAUUUUCAGUUUAUACGUGCGUAACUUUUAUGUCACUAUAUCCUAUAUCUAAUUAUACUUGUUGUCCAAAUCUAUGAAUGCUUAUUGACGAGAAAUACCCCAUUUAACACAUUUUUAUUUGAUCUGUAUGUAGUAUGAUCCUUUGUUAUUUCAUCUGAUUAGAAUGGUGAUUGUAAAGUAGUCGAUCAACAAGAAUCACAACUUAAAGUGCUCAUUGAAGAAGAAGAGGAAGAAGAAAGCGAUGAAAAUCUAUGUGAUUCUGGCAUUGCUUCAAAUCGUGAUGGAAAUUUCAUUGCUGAAUCUACUAUUUCUAAUUCUUCUUGUCAAAAAUUUAGUCCAGUAAAUGAAAAUCAUAGUCCAAAUAACUAUUCAAAUAAAUGCCUUUCUUCUCCAAUCACAAAUGAAUCUAGUGUAAUUGAUAUAGAUGAAAAUUAUUCUAUGAUUGCUGAUAAAUGUGCUAAUCUAGAAGAAGUAGUAAUAGUACCUGGAACAACAACAACAUCUGAAAUGUUCGAUAACGACAUUAAACAAAUUAAUAUGACAGGAAAUAUUUCUAAAAUUCAGUUAAAAAAUCGAGUUUCAACAAUUCGAAAAACUACUUCAACAAACAAUGAUAAACAAUUUGAAAAUGGAUCUAUAUCUUCAGAUAUUUUAGAUCAGCAAAAUAAUAAUUCUGCAGAACUAUAUGAAAGCCAAACAACAAUACUGACAAAUAAAUCCCAAGUUGAUGUAAAACGAUGGCGUUUAACUAGUGCUGAUAAAUUAAAUACUCUAAUUGAUGAAUGUGAACGUCAAAUUAAUGGUAGAAAACUAUAUGUUUGUAAAUUUUGUGGAAAAAUCUAUGAGAUCAAAAGUAGUAUGCGUUAUCACAUGAAAAUUAUUCAUUUACAGAUGCAUUUACGCACUACAGAAAUGCAAUGUCGUAUAUGCGGUAAACAAUUCACAUGUGUUAGUGCUGUUAAUCGUCAUCAAUCCAAGUGUAUUUUAUCAACAAUUAAUGAUUCGAGAUUAAAAAAUAAUAUUGUACCAUCUAAUCAGUCAUUAUUUACUAGUCCAAUAAUAACCACUGGAACAACAAUAUCGUCUUCUACAGACAGUGAUAUGCAUCCUCGUUUAUCUGAAAAUUCGUUUACUUCACAAAUAUCGGAUAGUUGUAGUAAUAAUGAUUUGAAUCAUAACACAUCACUUACUGAUUCAAAUCUAAUGGUGGAUUCAUUGAAUUCAGCUUCAAAACAUUUUACUAAUCUUGUUAAUUUUCCAAGUGUAUUUCGUAUACCAGAUACGUGCUGUACAACGACACAAUUUAUGAAUCAGUCAAUAUCUAAAAUCUAUCAAAGUUCACAAAUAACAAGUUUAAAUUUACGAAAUUUUAUUCCAUCAUCUGACUUAGUUAAUUUACCAAAUAAAUCUAAUUCUAAUAGUUUACCUUUCCAACCAUUUAAUAAUAGUAAUGAUACACUACCAUUUUUAAAUCCAAUAAAUAAUCAUUGUAUGAAUUGUUCUGAUUCUUCAUCACAAUGGAACUCAUCAACUUGGUCUACGAUGUCUAAUUUAGGUUGUAAUUUUACUGAAUUGACUCCUGCACAAAUUGAUAUUUGUAUGAAAGCAGUUGUCCAAGGUAUUUGUUCAACUGUAGGACAAUGUACCACUAAUACUACUACUAAUAAUAAUGGCAAUAGUAGUAAUAAUAACGUCAGUAGUUAUAGAACUAAUCAAGAAUACAAUGAAUCUAAUCAUGUACCAACUGAUUCAUGUCAAAUAACGGAUGAAACACAAUGGGAUUUACCAGAUAAAAAUUUAUCAGAUUUUUCUGAAACAACAGAAACAACUUUAACUUCAUCACAAGCCAAUGAAAUGGUAGCUAUAGAUUUAUCUUCACGUCCUCGGUCGGCUACAUUAAUGAUUGAAUCAUUUUAAGUAAAUAGACUAGGCUAGACUAUAAAGAAAAUGAGUUGACUUCCAUGAUCAGAUUUAUUAUGUUGCUUAUCUAUAAAAUGCACAUAAACAUAACAGACAAUCUGUUAAUUUCUUCAAAAUUAACAUUGACAUAGGUUCAAAUAAUUACGAUGAUAUUAUUGAUAAUUAAAAAGUAAAAAGCAUUUAUUAUUUACUCUGUCAAAUAAUAUCUUACCAAAUGACCUCUUGAUUAUAUAUACAUACGUACAUGCACAACAUCCGUUUCGUAUUUUAUGUUAUCAAGUGCCUUAAUCUUUCUUCCACUCGUUCUCUUUACGUUUUUAUCCACAUAAUUAAGUGCCUUUAGCUUGAAAUUUAUACUGUAACCUUUUUCACAGAGAUACCUGCAAACUUUCUUAUACAAUAAUAAUAAUCACUCAAAAUAUGUUUUUAUUUCCUACCAAUAAACAAGUAUAUCUGUCUGUUAAUUAUUAUUACUGAUAUUUUGUUCUAUUCAUUUCAUUUACUCCUUUACUAGUUUAUCAUUCCCCGUGUCGACAUUGUCAUUACGUUUGUUCUCGUCUACCUUUAAAUUGUUUUUCUUCCUAAUCCAAAUAACUAUUGAUCAUUGAACGACGACAGUACUGGUAUCUAAUCGUUCCGCUCCAUUUUGUUUGCUUUCCAAGUUUACAUUAUCUGUCUAUAUAUAUGCAUUCUUUGCUUGAUAUUAUAUAUAUAUACGAAUUUUAUAAGUAAACAGUCGAACAAAUUUUCUACACACAAAUAUUUAUUUACCUAUCUCCUAUACCUUGGGUUUUUUAGUUGUUUUUUUCUUGUACUGUUAUAUUUAUAGGUUUUCUUUUCAUUUUAUUAUUUGAGAGUUUUUAAAAAAAUCACUUUUGUUUUUA